AUGGCUGCGGAAACCAAUGAACCCGACAUUGAGAUCAUGGAAGAGUGCGACAAUGCCAAACAUGUUGGCGGCGCGACUGGAAUGGAAAUGGAGAAUGCCGUGGGCUAUAAGGAGUACCUUGAGGCGAGCAAUAUUGAGGGUUCAAACAAGGAGAUGAAGAGACUCAGGUGGAAAAUUGAUUUGAUCAUCCUUCCCAUGUUUCUGGUCACACAGGCUCUGCAGUUCAUGGACAAGACAUCGUUGAACUACGCGAACUUGUUUGGGUAUCAAAAGGCGCUGGGUCUUAAGGGCAAGGAGUUCAAUAUCCUCUCUGCAAUGGUAUAUGCUGGUUAUUUCUUCGGUCAAUAUCCAUGUGGAUGGCUCAUUGGACGGUUUCCAGCUCAAAAGGUUCUUGCUAUUAGCAUACUUUGCUGGGGGUUUACAGUCAUCAUAAUGACUCAAGCGCGCACUUACUCUACCGCAUUGUUCGUCCGAUUUCUUAUGGGAUUGUCUGAAGCUGCAGUAACCCCAGGCUUGACAUUGAUGACCGGAUUUUGGUACACGCGACGAGAAAUUCCGCUCCGUCAAUGCAUCUGGUACUCAUCCCUUGGCUGGGGUGGUAUUAUUGGUUCCUACAUUUCCAUGGGUAUUUCAAAACUCCCCGUAGACAUGAAGCCUGAAAGAUGGGAACUCAUUUUCUACAUUAUACGAGCAACCUGUCUUUGGGCUAUCGUGAUUUGGAUAUUCAUGGCUGAUUCUCCAUCCAACGCCCAUUUUCUCAGCCACCGAGAGCGCCUUCUCGCUGUCAAACGCGUUGCCGGCAACCAGACUGGAAUCAAGAACAAGCAUUUUGACAAGGGCCAGAUCGUCGCCGGUUUCACAGAUCCAAAGACGAUACUUCUUUUCAUUAGCGUCUUCGCAGCGGCUAUCCCCAACGGCGUAGUGAAUUCAUUCUCCACAAUCAUCAUCCGCGACAUGGGUUUUAGCACGACUAAGACCACGGAGCUGAAAUCAGUUGGAGACGCCGUACAAAUCAUUGCACUGCUGAUCGGAGGAUCUGUAAUCCUCAACGUCCCAACCUCGCGUCUAUUCACAGCAACCGCGGCAAACAUCCUCUGUACCAUUGCCGCAGCCUGCAUGGCCUACCUCCCCCGAUCCAAUACCUGGGGCCGACUCGUCAGUUUCUGGCUUGUAAACGCGCAAUCCGUCGGCUUCACUGUAUCGCUCACCACACUCUCGUCCAACAUGGCUGGAUACACGCAUCGUUCGCUAGCCAGCGCCCUAGUUUUCACUGCGUAUUGCUGGGGCAAUUUUGCCGGUCCGUUUGUGGUGGAUGCAAAAGAGGCGCCCAGGUACGAGGGUGCAACGAUCGGGUUGUUGGUUGGCUACAGUAUUAAGACUGGAUGUCACCUUGCUUUGCUCGGCUACAUGUUCUUCACUAAUAAGCGUCGCGACCGAGUAUACGGCCCGCCAAAUAAGGAAGCAAGUGACGAGGCUGGAAUGCGAGAUCAGACUGAGUUUGUGAACAAAGACUUCAGAUACGUGCUUUAG